GCCCAAGAGCAGCCGCGACUCAACUUCCACAUCCCCCGAAAGAGCAGAGAAAAGAGAGCUCUGUUUCAGUGCAUGUCUAUGGACUCUAGAGAGUUUUCCGACGUUCUGCAGAUUCUCUCCUCCAGCUACAAGGACUCUUCCUCCACCGGGACGUUUGUGUACUCCAAACCUCGCCUCGUCCACAGCGAACCGCUGGAGAAAGACUUCAUGGAGAAGCGAAGGGAGCUCAAGCAGGAUGGGCGCACUGAGAAAGAGCUGUCUGAGACUUUCUGCUUCCUGCUUUGUGAUGCUCAAAAGGUCUCGGUGGUGUGUGAGAGAGGACUGUCUGUUGGCAGCAGCUGGAUCAGUAUGUUGGGGAAUCCAUCUAAAGGAGUUUACCUGUGUCAGUUUUCUGAUUUACUUCAAAUCGGCCCCAUCGAGCCUGGGUCUACAGGAAACAUCAUCAUAUUUAAAGUUAUAAAGGGUAAAGUGAAGAGUGUACAUGACUGUAUGUCCAUAAGUAUGGAUCCUACACCUAAAUUUGAAAGCCACUUCUCCAAGAACUCAACCAGAGUGACAUCCUUACAGUCGUACAGGGCAUUCGAGUACACUCAGCAAUACUUCUACGAGUAUGUGGAUUUCGAGGUUUCGUCCAGGCCGAGACACGCGUGUCCGUAUGCGGUGGUCUCUUUUUACUUUAAAGGCAAAGAGUCUUCAACUGUGGCCCCCAAACCGCUGCCUCCUCUCAGGUCCAACAGCCAGCCAUCAGGGAUGAGCAAAGGCAGGCGCUGUUUCACGGUAUGGCGGGGACAUUUUUUGAACGGGGGGAAAGAUGUAUACCAGGCCAGCCUUCGCUCGCUCUCUCUACCUUUCCUGCCCUACAAACUGCCAGAGAAGAUUGAGAUGGGUAAAGUCAUGAGCUUGCAGCAGGUCAAGCAGAAGAUCCCAUCUGCCCUCUUCUCCUGGAGCCUCUACACAGGCAGCCAUGAAGUGUCUAAAAGUGGCAUGUUCUGCAGUCUGUUUGACGUGGUGGAGAAAGACAAAGCUUCUCCAAAGAGCUUGACCGCAUUGCUGCAGAAACUGGAGGAGGAGGGUCUGGUGCUGGUGAAUAUGGUGAAGGACAGAGGUUUCCUCUUCUUGCUUUCUGCCAGUCAAAUGGCCAACUCAAGCGAGCGACAGGGUGGUUGGAAAAUGUCCUCUAUACAAGCACUUUUUGUUUACCAUGAGAAGCGUGACUUGUUAAAGAUCUCAUCAAAUCCUUCUGAGAGCUGCAGACCUGUGUCAUCAGAGCAUCACAGUCCCAUCAUGCCCCAGCAUGAUUCGUUCAUCUCCGCUCUUCACUACGCCCUCAACAAGGCUCGCGGUGACCCUCCUGCUGACCUCAGCGCCACCAUAGAGCAGCAGGUUUACGACUACCUCACUAACCUUCGUGAAGGCCAAUCUCCGCAGCGCAUCCGGACUGACUACGACCCCAAACUGGACGUCAGGGACAAGCUCUUUCCAGCACCCAGGCAGAAGACAAACUGGGAGAGCUUCGUGCGGCCCUACAUCUACAAACCGACCAUGUUUACUAUGCUUCUGGAGAACGUGAAGAAGAAGGUGGAGGAGCUCCAUGUUCAGACUGAGAGAGCAGCCCCUCAUAAUGACCCGGUGAAAGUUAAAGAGCUGCUGAAGCUCAUCCAGCUGAACAAGAAGAGCUCGAAGGGGAAGGCAGGAGAUCCAGAGGCGUCGGGGGACACCUACACACUGAAGAGGAAGGUGGAUCUCGAUGCUCAUGAAGGAAGCUCAAAACGCCAGAGAAAUCAACCCAAUGAAGAACUAAGAGAAGCGGACGAGAGACAGUCCUCUCCAUCUCUAGCCAAUGUUCUGAGCAGCGUCAGCCUUCAGGACACAGACCUGAGGAAGGACAAAACUCAGGGAGCGCUGAAGAUCAUGGAGAUCCUGGACGGCUUUGGAAGGACGAGUCUUGACACAGACCUGCGCAGAGACAAGACCCAGGGGGCGCUGGAGGUCAUAAGGCUGAUAGACAACAUGACCAGAAGCGCCGCAGAGUCACCUGACGACACAGAGAUGAAGGAUGACACCGCUCUGUUGGACAGCAUGGAGGAGACCGCUGGUAGUUUGAGUAGUUUAGAAGCAUUUAGCCCUUGUUCAGAUUCUGGAGGACAGCAGCGUGGCGUUAACCUGCUCGGAGAAAAGACCAUUCCAUGGGUCCUGAUACCCAUCACAGGUCUGAAAACGGAGAGAUAUUCCCAGAGACGGAUGGACUAUCCUGAAGAUCCACGCUUCGUUCAGAGCCCAACCGUGUCUAUACACACCAUGCCUGACACAAAGGACCUGUCCCCUCCCUACCAGCCAGACAGCAGCAGCACAGCGGUGGAUCUGGAUGUGCAGACGGCAGCAGAGGUUGAGGAUGAAGAGCCCGUCGCUCCGGCUCUGAACACAGAGUGUCCUGCAGACAGCAGCAGCUUUGACCACAUAGUCGAUGAGCUCGUCUCUGGCUUCUCCAGUGAGGUGGAGCAGCUCUUGAGGGCCAAACGUAUUCAUUAUUUUUCUUGCUCCAGCACUCAGGGCUCACGAGAACCGCUCCAGACUCCAGCUGUGCCACUUUCCAAUUACGUGUCAAACUACAACACUCCGUUUCCCAUCAGUAACUACAUCAGCUCUUUCCACGACAGCCUGAUGAUGUUCAUAGACCCUCAGCAUGUCAGUCGAUACCUCGGAGCUCAGGAAGAUGUGACUUCCUCCUCGUCUGCUGCAGAAGUUCCUUCAGAUGUCCCUGAUACGUCCUCCAGCUUUAAUCCGUGUGCUUCCUCGUCUUCAACCUCUAAACCCAGCAGCACCUUUGAAUCAGCUCUGAGACCAUGUUCCCCUUCUAGUGCCCUGCCUGAGCCAAUGCCUCCGCCACAACAUCACUCAAGCUUACCUGACCCUGAUCUCCAGCAUCAGAUGUGGGCACUGGAGCAGGACUCGGUGACCCAGAAGACACGGGAAGCCAACAUCCCUCAUGAUGAGAUGAAUGGGAGUCUGGUUGCUGAGACUACGGGAGCUGUGGAGGGUCAAACGGGCGCCUCGAUGGGACACACUCAUUCUGCCAUCAGCAGUAUCAUCGAUCAGCUGCAGCCCGAAGUGAUCAGUAAUCUGGUGGAGAUCAUCAAAGGAGUUCAGAAGAACAUCGUCUACUUCUACAUCCAUUCCACGGAUGAGGAGGAGAGUGACGUCUGCUGGGAGAUUAAGGAAUAUUUAAAAAAGUUGGGGGAUUUGGAGUGUAAUCCUCAUGGUUUCCUUGAGAAAAGCGGUAGUCUAGACAAACUGCUGGUCAUCAUUCAGAAUAUGGACAUCGCCACACAGGUUCACAAGAUACCUUCUCUGGUUUUCUUGAAGAAGCAUCCGUCUGUGAGCUUUGCUGGUGUAGACAACCUGAGUGACAUCCAGAACCACACCUACAACGAGCUCUUUCAGUCCGGAGGCUUCAUCGUCUCAGACGAGCAGGUCCUGAACCCAGCGGUCAUCACGGCAGAGAAACUUCAAGAUAUCCUUGAGUACAUUGAGCAGCUCAACUGUCCUCAGAGCCCCUGGAGGUGGAGGGUGCACUUCAAAUCACACAAGAAACUCAGAGAGCACAGCAGGCUCAAACCUGAUGCUUUGAACCUGUUCGAGAUCCUCAAUGAAUAUGAGAAGAGGCACAUCGUUGAGAUCCUGUCGUACCACGACUGUGACACUCCAUCACAUCAAGCGCCUGACCUCGACUGUCUAGUGGAUCUGCAAGCCAGAUUCAUCAAACAGCGACACCUGAUAUUUCUGACUGGCUGCCAGUUUGAGAUGUUUCCCCACUACUCCAGCAGUGGCAUCGUUAUUGCCAACGUUGAUGACAUAAAGUUUAUAAUAAGCAGUUUAGCUGGUGGAGGACAUGUGGACAGCGCUCCAUCGGCAGAGACUUACGCCACUCCUGCUCCAGCGUCAUUGAGAGACGAUAGCAUGUCCUUGGACUCGGACCUGGAUUCUCCAGAUCACAGUGUCUCUGUCACAACCGAGACGAGCCAGCACCCGUCUGCACUCGGGACAGAUCCGUGCCCUCCGCUCUCUGAACCUUCUCUCCGAGACCACGCGAAUGCAAUUCCUGUGCUCACAACAACCAGCCAGAUGCCAAAAGAAUUAGACUUUGUAGCUCUCAGUGAAGCGAUUUCUCAGUUCAAGGCUUCCAAGAUGCUGUCCAAGUCUGAUGCCGGUGAAACUCUACAAACGGCUUUUGGAGUUGAUCCUGACCAGAGCUUCCUCAGUCACAGCGAUCUGUCAGAUUCCUAUCCUCGGUACUCCUCGGAAAACCACAGUCUGUCAGCUACUCCACCUGAGACUCCAGUCUCUUGUACGUCAAUCAAAACAGAGUCAGCAGUCACAACAACAGCUGGGGCUCCAAUGAGCAGUUCUUCUGCAGUCGGAGCCAGUCGUGAAGUGGUCCAGUAUGGAGAAACGGACACAUCUGCAGCUGCGCCUGAGAACACCAGCAAUAUAAUGAAUACUUCUAAAGCUUGGGAGCAAUCGAGCACAAGCUCCACGGACACUCGGUCAGGCACGACUAAUGCUGGGAGUGGUCAAACGUCCAAUGAAAGCAGAGGUUCAGAGAAGCCUGCAGUGGACAGUGCGAGUUCCUCUGAACCAGCGGUCAGUGGUUUCCUUCCCAGACACAGCAUGGACCGUUUUUAUCCAGCGCUGCAGGGCAGCGGCCUCAUGUCGAUUCCGCACAGUUCCCUGGGUCUGAGUGGCCCUAGACUCAUAUCUCACAAUGGUGCUAUUGGACUUGCACAUCCUCUCCUGAACUGCACCGUUUCCAACAGCCUGGGAGUUGUGGCACCUCCGGUCUUGAGAGGAUUCCUCCCAAAUCCUAGCGUGCAGAUGUCGUGGAACAAUUUAGUGCAAGGUUCGGCAUCGGGGCUGUGGGGUGCUGGCUACGGCAUGGAUGUGCAGCAGAUCCAAAGGUCUCCGUUCAUCCAGAGCUGGCAGGGAAAUCCUGCGUUCCAGAGGGACAGCUAUCGUCCCAAUAGAGGAGGAUUUGGUGGCUGGUGAGCCAGUAAUGUGUGUAGAUAGUUUUCAAACUCAUGUUUACAACUCCAUCUCAGUGCAACUUUUGUAUAAUAGGAGAGAAAUUAAGCAUUUCUAGGUUUUCACCGAAAGUGAA